CCGGGGAUCGCCGGGUUGUGCGCCGCGGCAAAGGAUGGAGCCCUCCUGGCUGGAGACGCGCUGGGCGCGGCCCUUCUACCUAGCGUUCGUGUUUUGUCUGGCGCUGGUCCUGCUGCAGGCCAUCAAGCUCCACCUGCGGAGGCAGCGGCUGCUGCGGGACCUGCGCUGCUUCCCGGCGCCCCCCACCCACUGGCUCUACGGGCACCACAAGUUACUUCAGGAUGAUGAAAUAGAGAAGCUGUCGGAGAUUAUAGAAAAAUAUCCUUGUGCCUUCCCUCGAUGGGUUGGGCCCUUUCAGGCAUUUCUCUAUAUCUAUGACCCAGACUACGCAAAGAUCCUUCUAAGCAGAACAGAUCCCAAGUCCCAGUUCCCAAACCAGUUCCUGAGUCCCUGUAUUGGUCAAGGACUACUGAAUCUAGAUGGACCCAAGUGGUUCCAGCACCGCCACCUGCUGACCCCAGGAUUCCACUUAAACAUCCUGAAACCCUAUGCUGAGGUGAUGGUUCAUUCUGUGAGUACACUGCUGGAUAAGUGGGAGGCGAUGUUAAUCACUCAGCACACAACUGUGGAAGUCUUUGAACACAUCAACUUGAUGACCCUGGACGUUCUGUUAAAAUGUGCUUUCACACAGGAUACCAACUGCCAGAUAAACAGCUCCACGGACCCCUAUGUCAAAGCACUGUUUGAAUUCAACAAAAUAAUCUUUCAUCGCACACAAAGUUUCUUGGGUCACCAUGAUAUAAUUUUCAAUUUAAGCUCAGAGGGCCAAUGUUUCCAGGAGUUAAGCCAAGUGUUACAUCAUUAUACAGAAAAGAUAAUCCAGGACAGAAAGAAAUCCCUACAGGAUGAGAGGAAGCGGGAUAACACUCAGGAGAGGAAGUACCAGGAUUUUCUGGAUGUUGUCCUUUCUGCCCAGGCUGAACAUGGAGACAUCUUCUCAGAUACUGACCUGUCAGCUGAAGUGAACACAUUCGUAGUGGCGGGGCAGGACACCACAGCCGCGGGCAUCUCCUGGCUCCUCUACUGCCUGGCUCUGAACCCUGAGCACCAGCAGAGAUGCCGAGAAGAAAUCAGGGGCCUCCUGGGGGAUAAGCCUUCCACAAUCUGGGACCACCUAGAGGAGAUGCCAUACACCACAAUGUGCAUCCAGGAGGCUCUCCGACUGCUCCCUCCAGUCCCAUCUAUUUCCAGAGAACUCAACAAGCCCCUUACUUUCCCAGAUGGACGUGUUUUACCUGCAGGAAUGAAUGUGAUUCUCAGUAUUUGGGGUCUUCACCACAACCCUGCUAUCUGGGAAAACCCAAAGGUCUUUAAUCCCUUGAGGUUCUCUCCAGAGAAUUCUGAUCAGAGACAUCCUUAUGCUUUCUUACCAUUCUCAGCUGGACCAAGGAACUGCAUCGGGCAGAAGUUUGCCAUGAUUCAGUUAAAGGUGUCCAUGGCCUUGAUCCUGCUUCGCUUCGAGGUGACGCCAGACCCCACCAGGCCUCCCAUUUUAUCACCCCAGAUUGUCCUCAGAUCAAAGAAUGGCAUCCACUUGUUUGUGAAGAAAAUACCCUAAUGUUAGACCUCAUGGUGCAAUGGUUAAAUAUAUGUUGUUUUUAAGUGAAAUGACAGCUAACGGUCUAAGCCCUUGAAGAGGAAUCCAGGUAUGCUGGAGGAGCAAGGUGGGGUAAGGUGGGGAUCUCUGUGGAGCUUCAGAUCAUCCAACACUUCAGUGACAGGGAGUCACUUAGAACUAUUUCUGCAUGACGUUGAGAGAUUUCCAGGCCUUUCUCUCUGGUCUGCCUAUAGUUAGUGCUGCAUACGAAAGCCUUCCUAGAUGACUUCUAUAUGGUUUCAUUGUUUAUUAAAAUAUACUUUUCAGAAUUGCACAAGUCAUAUGUGAAUGUAUGCACAAUAUAAAAAACAUUCUAGCACUAGAAAAGCAUGUAAAAUAAAAUUCUCACUUCAUACAGCUUGGACCCUCUGCCCUCCUUCUGUCUUUCCUAAAGACCCAGUAAUUUGGUAUGAAUUCUCUCAGACUUUUUUCUAUGUGUUUUAAAUUAUUUAUGUGUGUAUUCUUUAGAUGGGAUCAUAUCCAUGUGAUCAUUCCCAUAAUGUUCUUGCUUUUUCAGUUAAUAAAAUUUCUCCUCUUUCCUUACCAUA